AUGUUGACAAAAACACAUGUUUAUUUAUUUAGCAGAAAACCAAGACUACCAGGAUCACCAGGAUUACCAGGACCACCAGGAUUACCAGGACCACCAGGACUACCAGGACCACCAGGAAUACCAGGACCACCAGGAUUACCAGGACCACCAGGAUUACUAGGACCACCAGGAUUACCAGGACCACCAGGACUACCAGGACUACCAGGACCACCAGGACUACCAGGACCACGAUUACCAGGGCCACCAGGAUUACCAGGACUACCAGGACCACCAGGAUUACCAGGACCAACAGGACUACCAGGACCACCAGGACUACGAGGACCACCAGGA